AUGCGGAUCGCAUUCAGUGCCCUGGCAGCAGCGUCUCUCGCCGUCCCAGCGCUCGCAGACGUCGUCGAUGCCUGGUACAACAUCUCGUACACAACGGCGGCGCCAGACGGGGUCGACAAGCCCUUCACGGUCGGCGUCAACGGGACUUGGCCCCCGCCCAUCCUCAACGUCAAGUUCAACGACACCGUACGAGUGCACGCUUACAACGGACUGGACGCGCCAACCUCGAUCCACCACCAUGGUAUCUUCUUCAACGGUACCAACUACUAUGACGGCGCACCCGGCGUCACGCAGUGCGGGAUCCCGCCAGGCCAGUCUCUCACGUACGAAGUCCCUGUAGACCGGCAGCACGGAACCUACUGGUGGCACUCUCACACUGGCGCACACUACCAAGACGGCUUGCGAGCGCCCUUCAUCAUUCAUGCGACCGACGAGGCGCACAAGUACGACGGAGAAUACACCAUCAUCCUGUCUGACUGGUACCACGCUCGGUCUGACAAGCUCAACCACAAGUUUAUGAACAAGUACAACCCAACUGGUGCCGAGCCUGUUCCCGACGCACUCCUCAUCUACGCGGCGUCGAACGGUACCUAUUUGCCCUCGAACGACGACGUCAAGUUCAACGGCAACCUGUCAAUCCCCUUCGAGGCUGGCAAGACGUAUCGCAUUCGUGUCCUCAACACCGGCAUCUUCGCCACGACGUUCUUCUGGAUUGACGGCCAUGACAUGCGCGUCAUCGAGGCCGACGGCGUCGACACCGAAGAGUUCCCCGUCGACUACCUCAACAUUGCCGUCGCGCAGCGCUACUCGGUUCUUGUCACCGCCCGCAACGACACCUCGGAGAACUUCCUUGUCCACGCCAACUUCGACGACGAGAUGUUCGAUAAGGUACCUGAGGGCUUGACGCUUAACUACACGACGACUAUCUCGUACAAGAACGGCAACCCCGUUGCUCAGAGCGAGGUUCGCAACGAGCUUGGCCGCAUCAACGACUUUGAUAUGGUGCCCUUCGUGCCGAUGGAGCAGCUUACGCCGACGACGUCGCUUCAGCUCGACGUCUACUUUGAUGCCUUUAGCACCGGUGUCAACAGGGCCUCAAUGCUCAACAACAUCACCUACGUCAACCCGAAGACUCCCUCGCUCUUCACGAUGAUGACGAUGGGCAACGACUCGCUCAACCCAAACGUGUACGGCCCACAAACCGCCCAGCACCUCCUCAACCAUGGAGACGUCCUCGACCUCAUGGUGAUCAACUUUGACGCGAACGCGCAUCCGUUCCAUUUGCACGGGUUCUCGUAUCAGCUCACUCGCCUCGCGAUGGACGUCACCUCCGACGAUCCAGCACUGAACCCUCCUCACACACUCGGCGCCAAGAACCCCAUGCGCCGCGAUACUAUCAUUAUUCCCGCUGGAGGUGCUGUCAACCUCGCUGUGAGGGCGGACAACCCGGGAGCUUGGAUCUUCCAUUGCCACAUUCAAUGGCACAUGGAAGCCGGUCUAGCGGUCGUCUUCAUGGUCGACCCGCUCGGCGCCCAACAAUCCAUGACGAUCCCGCAAGUCAUGAUCGACCAGUGCAAGCAGCUCGGCAUCUCGCCGACAGGUAACGCGGCGGGCAAGAUGUCUGUCACGGAUCUGAGCGGCGCACCGCAUGGACCUGUGGAUCAGUAUGCGGCGGGCUUGUUUGGCUGGACUCCUCGAGCGAAGGGCGCUCUCGCAGGCUGCGUCCUCACAGCGCUCAUCGGCAUGCUGACGGUCGUCUGGUACGCCGUCGGCGGCCAGCUCGACGAGGAUGAGCUGCAGGAGGAAGUCCACCGCGACAUGGAGAAGAAAAAGGCUGCGGGCGGCGGUCUCCUCAAGCGUGGCUUCAGAGCUAUCACGGGCAAGUCGACGUCGGCGCAGUAG